CCAGUGUUGAGCAAGAUGGUGAACAUUACAUGACCCCAGAAGAUUUUGUGCAAAAAUACCUAGGACUUCAUACAGAUCCUCGUUACAAUCGUAAAACAGUGCAGCUGUUGGCUGGAGUGGCAGAUCAAACUAAGGAUGGGCACUGUUAAAGUGAGUCCUCUGAAGACGGCUUCUUUCAGGUUCAGGCUUCUACGAAUGCAUUCUGCAGAGAUCGUCACUUGAUUCUGUCAGUUAUAAAGCUUCCUGCUUAGGAAUUAAUUUGUAUGUCAGGUUUUCGCUUGUAUGUGAGGUUGAUUUCCUUUCAAGAAUUUUUGGCAUUUGAAUCUGUUUUGUGUACUCCAGAUGCAAUAUUCAUUGUUGCUUUUCAGUUGUUUGACAAGACUGGCAAUGGAGAAAUAACAUUUGCAAAUGUCAAAGAAAUAUUUGAACAAACUAUUAUUCAUCUUCAAAUCCCGUUCAACUGGGACUGUGAGUUCAUUCGACUGCAUUUUGGACAUAACAGGAAGAAGCAUCUUAACUAUUCAGAAUUCAGUCAGUUUCUUCAGGAGCUGCAGUUAGAACAUGCAAGACAAGCCUUUGUAUUGAAGGACAAAAAUAAAAGUGGUAUGAUAACUGGGUUGGACUUCAAUGACAUCAUGGUUACCCUUCGCUCACAUAUGCUUACUCCAUUUGUGGAAGAAAAUUUAGUUUCAGUAGCUGGUGGAACCGUUUCACAUCAGGUCAGCUUCUCCUAUUUCAAUGCAUUUAAUGCCCUUUUGAAUAACAUGGAUAUUGUAAGGAAAAUCUACAGUAAUAUAGCAGGUACAAGAAAAGAUGUUGAAGUCACAAAAGAGGAAUUUACGCACUCUGCAAUCCACUUCGCACAAAUUACACCACUGGAAGUAGAUAUUCUCUACCAACUUGCUGAUUUAUACAGUGUUACUGGGCGCUUAACUAUGGCAGAUAUAGAGAGAAUAGCACCACUGGCAGAAGGUGCAUUACCUUACAACUUGGCAGAACUCCAGAGGCAGCAAUCUUUUGGAGAGUUUGGCAGGCCUAUCUGGCUCCAGGUAGCAGAGUCAGCUUACAGGUUCACUUUGGGCUCAGUUGCUGGAGCUGUUGGUGCAACUGCGGUAUAUCCCAUAGACCUGGUGAAAACUCGUAUGCAGAAUCAGCGCUCCACUGGUUCAGUCGUAGGAGAGUUGAUGUAUAAAAACAGUUUUGACUGCUUUAAAAAGGUUUUGCGUUUUGAAGGCUUUUUUGGUCUUUACAGAGGCUUGUUACCACAGCUGAUAGGUGUUGCUCCAGAAAAGGCUAUUAAGCUAACUGUUAAUGACUUUGUCCGAGACAAAUUUACUAAGAAAGAUGGUUCCAUUCCACUUCCUGCAGAGGUCCUUGCUGGAGGCUGUGCAGGAGCUUCCCAGGUCAUCUUCACUAAUCCUCUGGAGAUAGUAAAGAUUCGGUUGCAGGUAGCAGGAGAAAUCACUACAGGACCCAGAGUCAGUGCCAUCUCUGUUAUAAAAGAUUUGGGCCUUCUUGGCCUUUAUAAGGGUGCCAAAGCAUGUUUCCUCAGAGACAUUCCCUUUUCUGCAAUCUACUUUCCUGUUUAUGCUCACAGUAAACUGAUGCUUGCUGAUGAAAAUGGCCAUGUGGGAGGACUUAAUCUCCUUACAGCUGGAGCCAUUGCAGGUGUGCCUGCUGCUUCUUUGGUAACCCCUGCUGAUGUCAUCAAGACAAGACUGCAAGUGGCAGCUCGCGCUGGUCAGACAACAUACAGUGGAGUUAUUGACUGCUUUCGAAAGAUUCUACAGGAAGAAGGUGCUUUGGCUUUUUGGAAGGGAGCUGGAGCUCGUGUGUUCAGAUCUUCGCCCCAGUUUGGUGUUACUUUGGUCACUUAUGAACUUCUGCAGAGAUGGCUUUAUGUCGAUUUUGGAGGCCUCAAACCUUCUGGAUCAGAACCCACCCCCAAAACUCGAAUUUCAGAUCUUCCUCCUGUUAACCCUGAGCACAUAGGUGGAUACAGACUUGCUACAGCUACAUUUGCUGGAAUAGAAAACAAAUUUGGGUUGUACCUUCCAAAAUUUCGAUCUCCUGCAGUCAGCCCAGCUCAACCAAGUAGCAGCUGAAUCCUGGAACCUAACAAGUGAUGCAGUGGAAAAAAUUCACCAGUCAGCUGCAUGUUGCUCUAGCUGAACUGAGCUUGCAAAUCUAAUUACUCCUUUCUGAUAUUGAUACAUACCUGCAUUUAUUUAUUUGCACACAAGGAACUGAUUGAAGCUGAGGUUCUAUGCCUUAUUUUAACCAGCGGCAUGAACCUGUAGCUUAGACUUUGCCUUGCACAGCUUGCAUUUAAUGUUACUGUACAUAUUGUACAUCUUUGUACAGAGACAUCAUGCAUCUAUAUCAAUACCCAUUUAUACGAGUAAUGCAGUUCAAAAUAGUUUGAAAUGUACAGAAUGUUUUGAAGGCAUUUUGUUAACAAUCGUGACAAUAAACUAUUUAAAACCA